AUGUCCUUCAUGAACCUAUUCCAGGGGGGAUACAUCACCUUUGCACUCUUGGCUCUUAUCAUUGCCCUCCACUCGGGUCAGGCGGAUGCUGUCGCAACCCGCACAACACGACAGUGUGGCUAUCACUUCGGUCCCAACGACAGAUACGUUCAGAAAGCAUACGAAUACCCAGGAUCACUUAUGCUCGUUCGACAGCUGUUGGAGCGGUUUGACUAG